AUGUUACUUACUCCUCUAAUAGCGGUGUCGUGUAAGAAGCUUACUCACAACAAUGAUAAAUAUUUAAAAUGGGAUGGAAAUCUAGUAAUAUUCCUAAGAAAAUGUUUCCAAGGUGAACUGAUCUUUAUAUUGAUUGCAGAUACUUCUAAAUUUCCUAUAAAAUACGCUCCUAUGCUUAUGCAAGAGCUUAAAGUACGCUUAAAAAUAUUAUUAUUUGGUUCGGCAGUAGUCGGCAGACAGUCAAAUAUAUCUAAUAAAAAUUUAAAUAAAACUUUUAAUGCUAAUAGUACUAUUUAUUGUAUAGCAUAUAUAAUAAGUCAAUUGAGAACUGGUAGCUUGGAUAGACUACUAAGAGGAGCUACUGCUGAGCUAUUUGAACGUUAUAAUAAUUUCAAGUUACUUAAAGAAUGUGUAAAUAUUGAAUCUCAUGUUGAUAUCGUUAAGUGCUCAGUAAACAAGGCUAUAGCACACCUCUUUGGCAGUAAAGAGAAUCUACAUGUUUUAGAAGAAAAGACCUUGAAACUUACACAAGAUGCACUUUUGUUUAGUAGUGAUGCUCGGAAUUUAUACAAGCAGAAACAUGGCAACUUCCUACUUAGCAUAUACACAACAAAAAUAUUAAUAUCAAUAGCUAUCGCAAUUUUUUGUAUUUACAAAAGAAUAAAAUAA